GACUUUGCCUGCUUAUUCAGCGCCGAGUGCUGCACUGCGCCGUCUCCAGUUGUGGGAUGUUAAGAUUUGCCUUUGGCUGCACUUCGCCCCACUCGCGCGCUCACAUUAAGACUCUUUAGACAUCUUUAUGCUCAUUUUCUUGGAGGAGGAGUGAGUGAGGGAGAGGCUAACCAGACCUAUUAGCCUGAAGCCUGAAACACACACACAAACUCUCUCUCUCGCUCUCUCGUUCUCGCUCUCUGACACACACACUCACACACACACACACUCCUCCAGUCCUGCGCUGCACCAAGGUAACAGUGAGUGGAUUUAGCUUUUAGCCAUCUGGUCGGAGCACAGAGGAAAAACCUCUCUGCUGCACACGGUGGGGGGGCAGAGGAAGAAAAGCCAAAGGACGAUGCAGCACUAAAACCAGACAGAGAAAACCAAAGAGUGAAAGAGAGAGAGAGAACGACACACAAAAAAAGACACACUCACUCUGAGACAGGAUGGCCACCGCAGUGUUUCAGGUGUCCUCAUCUUGUGUUCCAGCAACAAACUAUGAGCUGGCGCCGAGUAGUGACCUCCCUCUCAAACAUGUAGACACCAUGGGCUCAACAAAAUCCUCAAAGAGCAUGGAGUCACGGCGCAGACCAUCGAGGAGUGCGAGUUUGCUGCAGGCCCUGGAGGAGAGCUACGAGCUGGACCUGAUCUACAUCACAGAGCGGAUCAUCUCUGUCUCCUUCCCCAGCAAUGUGGAGGAGCAGAGCUACGCUGCCAACCUGAGGGAGGUGGCCUCCAUGCUGCGAUCAAAACACGGGAACAACUACCUGCUCUUCAACCUCAGUGAGAAGCGCUAUGACAUCAGCCAACUCAAUCCAAAGGUUCUGGACUUUGGCUGGCCCGACCACCACGCUCCAGCCUUGGACAAAAUCUGCAGCAUCUGUAAGGCCAUGGACACGUGGCUGAGUGCGGACAGCCACAAUGUUGUGGUUAUACACAAUAAGGGCAAUCGAGGCAGAACAGGAGUGGUGGUGGCGGCUUACAUGCAUUACAGCAACAUAUCUGCCAGUGCCGACCAGGCUCUGGACAGGUUUGCCAUGAAACGCUUCUAUGAAGACAAAGUGCUUCCUGUGGGUCAGCCAUCUCAGAAAAGGUAUGUGGAGUACUUUAGCGGCUUGCUGUCCGGACACAUCAAGAUCAACAACAAGCCGCUGUUCCUCCAUCACGUCAUCAUGCAUGGCAUCCCCAACUUUGAGUCCAAGGGAGGUUGUCGUCCUUUUCUCAAAAUCUACCAGGCCAUGCAGCCCAUCUACACAUCUGGGAUCUAUAAUGUCCAGGGUGACAGCCAGACCAGCAUCUGCAUCACCAUUGAACCUGGCCUCCUUCUGAAGGGGGACAUCCUGCUUAAGUGCUACCACAAACGCUUCCGCAGCCCAUGCCGAGAUGUGAUCUUCCGGGUACAAUUCCACACCUGCGCUGUUCACGACCUGGGGAUUGUCUUUGGGAAAGAUGAGCUAGAUGAGACAUUCAAAGAUGAUAGAUUUCCAGAAUAUGGAAAAGUGGAGUUUAUUUUCUCCUUUGGACCAGAGAAAAUACAUGGUCAAGGUGUGGACCACCUGGAGAACGGGCCGAGUGUCUCAGUCGACUACAACACUCAAGAUCCCCUGAUCCGCUGGGACUCCUACGAAAACUUCAAUCAGAACUGCGAGGACAGCACAGAAGGUGAAAAUGAAGUCAUUCAUACCCAAGGACCCCUGGAUGGCAGCCUCUAUGCCAAAGUACGCAAAAAAGAAUCUGUUGACGGAGCAGUCACAUCGAACGGCCUUCCACCCUCUGCUAUUGAACAUGCUUUACCUGCGGUUGACCAUGCCUUGUCUGUGAGCAGCGACUCAGGAAACUCUACUGCCUCUAUCAAAACCGACCGAACUGAUGAAGCAACAGCAGCCCCUCCGGCUUCCACAGUGAACCAGACACACAUUCCUGUGGGUGAGGAGUUACCUUCGGUCCAUCAACACGCUCCACCUGCCCAACAGUCUAUCAGUCCGCAAGAGAAAAAGGAGCUAGAGCAGCUACUGAGUGGCUUGGAGGGGCCCAUGCACAGACAGGCCUACCUAUCAGCUCCAGCAUCCGCUGUUGGAGGGAUGCUUCACCUGGUGCCCGCACAGGUCCACGUUAAUGGGCAUGGUAACAUUGACCGUGAGACUGACAUUCUAGAUGAUGAGCUUCCUACCAGUCAAGAGGGCAACAGUGUUGACAGCCUUGGGACGUUCUCUUCCACAGAUGGGCGGGCUACACCAGCUGAUCUCUACUAUCAGUCUGAGUCCAUUAUCAAUGGUCAGGACCACGUGCCAUAUCUGGAGCGCAACGUCCCAGAAAAGCCUCUGGAAACCGUCCAACCACAGCUUGGCAUAUCUGGCAAGUCUGUCACGUUGCCCCACAGCGAUUCUACCCCAUUCUCUGGUAGUUACAUUCCUACUCAGAAUGGCAGUCUGUACCGCUCUCAGUCUUUUGGUGCAGAGUCAAAGUCAAUGCCACAAGCUCCCACUCGCACCACUAGCAGCAGGGAUGCCGUCCAGCGUGGUCUCAAUGUUUGGCAGCGGUUCGGAGUGCCAGAAGAGCCAGUAACUGAAGGCCUCACUUUUAGUCUGCCUCCCACUGUUGCAACCAUGCCCAGCCACCACAGCCUGCCACAGUUCCCUCAUCGCCACAGCGCCUCGCAACAAGAGAUUGAGCAAUCAAUUGAAACUCUUAAUCUCCUUAUGUUGGACCUGGAGCCAGGCCGUUCGCUGGUGACAAAGUCCCAAAGUGCUCCAUUGCGGGAAAACACUGCUGUAGUGACCACACAGCCAUCCUUUUCUCAGAACCAAACCAGGCCCUCCUACCUGCCUGAUUCCACCAUUCACACCCAUUUUUCAGGCCCCGUGUCCAGCCACUCGUCACCAUCUGUGAAGCCUAGUACAUCAGAACCUGCACCUGUCCAACGAUCUCUGAGUUACACUUCUGGAACAGCUGCAACAAGUACUUCCUCACAAGCCUCCCCCACUGUAAGUUGCCAGAUCAAGACAGUCAGCACUUACCCACCAACAACGCUGCCCCAGUCUGCAGAGGCCUCUGAACCCCAGAAAAGCCCUAGUGCAUCUUCAGCAUCACCCCAGCCAAGAGACAGUGAGCCUGAUGAGGUCUUCAAUGUUGAAGGUCUGGUGGCCCAAAGAGUGGCUGAGUACUCGGCUCGUGUCCAAAGUGUCAUCCCCAGCAUGACCUCUUCUCAGUCUGAGCACCGCCGUUCUCACUCCCUCUCGGGCGUCCAGGCCCGUGUGUCAUCCUUGGAUGAGCCCACAGCUGCUCCCCGCCGUCGCAUCACCAGCGAAGGCCAGAACCAGAACGGACCAGAUGACAGUAUGUCUCCUGAUGUCCCACUUCGCUCUCCUAUUCGGUGUGUUUCACCAGAGUUUGUCAACGCCAUAGCGAUGAACCCCGGUGGACGGCCAAAGGAGAAAAAUAUGCACAGCUAUCGAGAGGCCUUUGAGGAGCUGGAAGGAGGUCACAUCAGUCCUACACCCACAGUUGGUGGUGAGGUGUUUCCCCAAACCCCUGCCUUCCCCGUCUCGCCGCAAACCCCUUACUUCAACCUAUGUCGCUCCCCUCCUGGUCUUGCCAAGACUCCACUGUCAGCCCUGGGUUUGAAGCCCCACAACCCAGCAGAAAUCCUCCUCAAUCAAACAGGCUCAGAUGAUGAAAGCAGUGAGGGUGAGGAAGCACCAAGAAGCUAUGUGGAGUCUGUCGCCAAGUCAGCAGUGGCAGGAGGAGAGCCAUGCACAUCACAUAGAAGCCUUACUCCGCUGGGAGAUGCUACAGCCAAGCAGAGAAGUCCAAGUCCCACCACCACUCACACACUGAACCCACCUUUGUCCAGCAGCAGUCCCAUACAGAGCUCACCGGGCGAUCACCCUGUAGCAGAGAGCAGCGUUAGCACUCCGUCCCAACCCACUACUGAUUCCGGGUUCCGCUCCCAGCCUACAGAGAGUGCCUACCCCACUCCUACUCCAUCAUAUCAAGCCUUGAAUACCCCCACUUCAUCCUACCUGGAUUCUAGCUCUCCAACCUCCUCCUACCUUGGCACUGCAACACCCACACCACCUUACCUGGGUCCCAGCACCUUGUUAGGAAGCUAUGCAUCCUCAGAUCCCAACCCGCCCAGUUCAGAACCAGUUCAGACCACACUCGGUCAUGGAAGCCCCAGUAAACAGAUCCAGACCAACAUCAUUGGCUCUACUAACAAUCCCGUCCUCCAGCAGCGCCCCAGUAGUAAUCAGGAAGUUCCCGUCAUGAGCCAGCAGACAUCACCAGCUAAUGGCUUUGAAGUGGGUGUGUCGGGUCUCAGCGGCAGUCCCGUCCUCGGUCAUUGUCCAUCUCAGGGAGCGCAGAGCAGUCCAGUCCUCAACAGGCAGGCUACUAUGGGGCCAGGGCCCCAGCAGAGCCCAGUCCUCAGCAGACAGCCGUCCCUCGGUCAGCCUAUUCAGAGCAGCCCUGUGCUCAGCCGACAGCCAUCAAUCACACACGCUCAAGGAAGUCCGGUGUUGGGCCGUCACCCCUCCAUUUCUCAGAUGUCCCAGAGAAGCCCCAGUUUAGACCGUCACCCCAUGCACAGUGGUUACACGACACCAGAUGAACGACAUGGGAACCUGUCACGACAGAGCAGUUCUUCGGGCUACCAGGGACCACCAACUCCCUCAUUCCCCAUCUCACCUGCAGGCUACCAAGAUGGAGGGAUGAUGGGGAUGGGUUUAGGGUUCAGGCAGGGCAGUCCAGCCCCUGGAUUCCAGCCCCAGCUUCCAGAGAAGAGGCGCAUGUCAAGCGGCGAUAGACCAAACGGAGCGCUGUCCUAUGGCACGAUGAACGGGAAGAUGAUGCCCACAAUGAGUGGAGGAGGCAAUCCCAGCUACUUCCACACCCUUUCUGACUUUUCAAGGUUCACUAUGCCUGAUGGAAGCCCCGACAGCAGGCUGAACGUCAAGUUUGUUCAAGACACGUCCAAGUUCUGGUACAAACCUGACAUUUCCAGAGAGCAAGCCAUCAGCCUGCUGAAGGACAGGGAGCCUGGAGCCUUUGUUAUCCGGGACAGUCACUCCUUCAAAGGAGCUUAUGGCCUAGCCAUGAAGGUGGCGUCUCCUCCACCCACUGUGCAUCCGAACAAGAAAGGUGACAUCACCAAUGAGCUGGUGAGGCAUUUCCUGAUUGAGAGCAGCCCUAAAGGAGUGAAGCUGAAAGGCUGCCCCAACGAGCCUUACUUUGGUUGCCUGUCUGCAUUGGUCUACCAACAUGCUAUAACACCACUGGCCCUCCCAUGCAAACUAGUCAUCCCUACCACAGAUCUCACUGAGGAAGUACCGGAGGUCACAACAGCAAACCCGAUGGCUGAAAGGCUGAAACAAGGAGCAGUGCUGAGGGCCCCUGCUGAUUCCCAUGCAUGCAAUGUUCUCUACAUCAACUCAGUGGAGAUGGAAUCACUGACAGGGCCUCAGGCUGUCGCUAAGGCCAUAUCUGAGACACUGGCUGCUGCUUCUCCACCUACUGCCACCAUUGUGCACUUCAAGGUGUCCUCACAAGGCAUCACACUCACUGACAACCAGAGGAAGCUUUUCUUCCGACGCCAUUACCCUACCAACACUGUCACGUUCUGCGAUAUAGACCCUCAGGACAGAAAAUGGAACAAGCCUGAGGGAGGAACAGCCAAGCUGUUUGGGUUUGUGGCGCGUAAGCAGGGAAGCACAACAGACAACGUCAGCCACCUCUUCGCCGAGCUGGACCCUGACCAACCUGCCAGCGCCAUCGUCAACUUCGUCUCGAAGAUGAUCACCUCGCAGAAACGAUGAGCGCUGUCAGCAAAAACCCCUCACGCUUUUUUUCAAAAAUAACUUUGGUUAUUUUCCUUCCUUUUCUUUUAAACCUCACAGACGCUCUCGGCUUUCAGUUUUACGUAUCGCUUUAUUUUUCCUGCUCUUUCACAUUUAAGCCAACGCGUGUGUAGUUGUGAAAGAAUGAGUGCGCGUGUGUGUUGAGAGUGUGUUCGUGUGUGCGCGGCUUGCAUGCGUUUGCUUAUAAUCUUGGAUGGACUCCAGAAUGGACCAGAGGAAGUGCAGGAUGAGGCGUGGCUGUGUGUGACAAAGGGCAAGGGAGGCGACUUUAACCUCCCGGGCAGGGUUAACUCAUGAACAGGAAGAGGGAAUGACAUUGUGUGCAAAUGUUAUUUUUUUUAGCAACUGUUUCAUUUUUUGUUUUUUAAAAAAGAAGAAGUCAAGUAGUGUGAUGUAAAAGGUGGAUUGUGAAUCUAUCAGGCUUUUUUGACUGGUCAACCAAAGAUUUUAAAAAAGCAGUCAGGGCGGGUAUAGCGUGCCACUGACUAUGAGGGUCGGAAGUAUUCUUUUGUAAAACAAAUAUGGCUGCUUAAACAAAAAAUACUGUUUCUUUCUGUAUGUACUGAUACUGUAGGUCAAUUCUGCACCGUUGCCAUCUUGCAAAAAAAGAAAGAAAAAAAAAAAAGAUUUUUUGCAGCUGGUAAGGGCUGUGUAAAUACUCUAGAUUGCUUUUUUUUGAGUAGGACUGUUCUAGAUAACAUUUGGUGCCUGACUUUCUUAACUAAAUGCAGAGCUUUUAGAGAAAAAAAAAGAAGAACCUAAAACAUAUCCACGCCGUCUUAAUAUAUGCAAAUAGCCAAAAUACCACAGGUCCUUCCCUGUUCGUAGUGUAGCUGAAGAUGCGACUGAUGUGCAGCUUGAGCCUGAAGAGAUCAGCUGAACCUUGCAUUCAGUGAGACCACAGAAAAAACAUCAUAGAACAGGCCAUUGAAUCACUGCAUCCACAAGGGAUUGAUUGUAUCAGAGAAGCAUGGAGGAGGAGGAGGAGGGUUUGCUUCCCGUCUGCCGCCAUCCUCUGUUCAGCCUCCGCAGCACAUAGCCACACCGUUCACUCAUGAUUGAAGGGCCGAGGGCAGUUUUUUUUGAGGACGAUCUUUAUUUUAAAGAAAAAAGAUUUAGUCCUCCAAAUCUGCUCUGCACUUUUCUCUGCUCAAAGUUUCCAUCGAUGAAAGAAGCUCUCACCCUACCCAAAAGUAAGCUAUACAUAUAAAUAUACAUAUAUAGAUAUAAAUAUAUAUAUAUAUAAACUUCCAAACAGUGACUUAAGAUAUUUAUUUUUGUUGCUUUGUUGCUCUAUAUUAUCUUGUAUACAUGUAUUAUAAAGUAUACAUCAAGAUUACUGAAAGCAAGAAGAAAAGAUUGCUUUUAUUUUGGCUAAAGUCAAGUGCAUUGACGUAUAUAAAGGUGUAAAGUGUGUGCAUUUUAAAAGGGGUAUCACUGUUGUUUUUGAAUGUUUUUUUCACAGCAUUAUUUUCUUUUGUUAACAUUCUUGUUGUUGUUUUCUUGGGGGAAAUAUUUUGUAUGAAAAAUGGUUGUUACUAAAGUCCAAAUUGGAGUUAUCCUAAAGUGAUGCCAACGCCGCUGUUUUAUUAACUUAAAACCUGCCAAGAAAAUGCGUUGUCCAAGUUUAGAGCACUUAAAAUGUUAAAGUAUUAUCCGUGUUUUUGUUGUCAACCGAGUGGAGGGGAGCAGUUGACAGACCUGUGUCAUGUCCCUGCGUGUAUUCAGGCAGACUAUCGGGGGUCCUUACGUUCGCACCGCCUCACAGUAGUUCUGAGGCUCUUAACAGCCAAACCAAGUCAGUUUAGUAAGUAGCUGCUUCCCCCGUGUGGUGCAAAAGGAUCACUACAAAGGAGCCACUUUUAUUCUAAUACAGUGUUUUAGCUGUGAAAUAUUGAGUUAACAUAAUUUGAUCACUGACAAAACUUAAAUGAUUUUGUAGUUUUCUUGACAAACAAAAUUAUUUUGCUUUUUCAAUUUUAAUUAAAGGAAUGAGCGGCAAUGAAAACUCCCACCUAUGGCAGCAUGAUGCAAAAUAAGUAAGGGUUAGUUUGGGGGCCUAUAUGGACUCAAACCUACGUCUCCAAAAAGGAAAAAAGCAAUGGAGCCCUUCCAGGAGUUUUAUACCUGACUAGAAUGUUCCAUUAUUUAUUAGCAGGAGCUUGCAUGCUCGACUCAAAUUGUAAACUUCGGGCUGUUGACUAAUCUGUGCACAGCAUCUUCAUGUCUCAUUUAAACCAGCCUUUCCGCAGAGAAGCCCAAAGGAAGAUAUCAGUGCGAGUUUCACGUGACGACUGCCUCUUGGCUCAGCUUAUAAGACAAAUAAGCUUUUUUUGCCUACAAACUCCUUCUUGAGGGGAAAAAAAGAUAAAAGACUUCCUAACCAUGAAACUGAAUGUCAGUCAUUUGCUUGCCAAGAUGGACACUCCAGUGGCGUCUGCCCACUCUAGACAGAUCAGUCUGGACCCAAGAAUGUGUGUGAAUGAGCUACUAUUCCUGUAUAGAGCUUUGUCAUGUUGUUUUGGUUUGCUACAUUGUAUGGCUUUUACUAUUUCUGAUGGAAAAAACACAUUAAAAAGCAGUACAAAUCAAAA